GUAAAAAGAAGCAGAGAAAGAAGGAAACCUGUUUGAAUGCCACAGGCAACAGAGUAUGUAAGGAAUGUCCCAGUGUCCCCAUUUAAACUUUGUACUGAGAAAAAAAAAAAAAAAGGCAAAACAUGUGAUACAAGCGGAAACAGCACAGCUUCCAGAACCUCAGAGCUGGAAUAUCCUCUUGCAACAGCUCUGAAGCAGGACUUUUCUGCAUUUGUAGAGCUGUGAGUAACACCUGACUUCUACCUCCCAGAAAGCCAGCCAGGCCCUCUGCUUCCUUUCAGCUUGGAGGAUGUGGCAUUCGGGAGUCAAAGCAUCAUCCGGGCAAAGGUGUGACAAGAAGUUAAUUUGGGAAACUUCUCAUUUGUAAUUGAAACUUCUAAUUUCUUAAUGAUUUGGGAAAAUUCUAAUUCUAAGGAUGAGGAUCAAAAGCUCUUCUUAGAAGAGGGAUGUUAUCCAUGCAGUCUUCACCUGCUCAUCAAAUUAAAAAGAACACAUGGGCCAGUCCUGCAGCUUUCCCAAGCCUGUGCACGUAGCCACAUCAAUAAGGACCUGCACUGUGUGAAGGUCAGUAUGAGCACCAUGCAUCGCCCUCACCCUCCCCGCUCUCUCACAGGGGACCUGCCACGGGACACGUGGUGUGUUGCCUUGUGUGGCUCCCUGCCCAGGGGCAAAGCCCUGUCUGAGGGAGUGACACGAGAUCUGUCAACAAGAUAGGACGCCCAGCGAGCGCUUGUGGUGUGUUUUCUUGCUUCUCUUGCUCAGAAACACGAUCAGCCCGCAGGCUCUGCUGUGAGACCAUCUCUUUCAGCCACACGGGUUAACAGAUCACAUUCACCUGUAAUAUUUUUUUUCUUUCUGUGUAUUUCUCUAAGCAAUUAACAAGGUGGGUUUUUCUGCAGGAGGAGCAGGUGUCUGUUCAGCACAGGUGCAGAUCUGACCCCCUGGGAAGUGCAGGUGACCUGCAUUUACAGUAAACACGGUAAAGAAGCCUGGCAGCAAAGAAUAGUGCUUUUGACAACAGAACUGAAACCUAACCCUGCCUUUUGAAUGUGGCCGGGCUUCUGGCAGGGUCACGGAGAGCUGUGAAAAGUUUUGUCACCUGAGAGCCCCAAGAGGGACGCUGCUGUUUCCCUAUGUGCUGCUGCAAAGAUCCUAGACUGAGGAAGGUCUUUGCUUGUGCUGCUUAUGACAGAGAACAGCAUUUCCUACAGAAUAAUUGCACACAUCAAACGUCCUUUUCCUACUUCAUUUAUUUGCUUAGAGGCCAACAUCUUCUUUGCUUUAAGAAAACUUUAAGUCCUUGCCUACCUUAGUGCAACAGUGAAUGCGAUACUUUAAUUUAAAAAUUCUGUCCUGAAAACACUUCUGCUAGACACCUCUCUGACAGCAAAAUUCAUAGUGCAAGUGAUGCUGAAAAACAAAUGCCAUUCAAGAGCCUCCACAGAUAUUUAAGAGGCAGAAAGGGGUCUUGAUUAUUUGAUCUGAACUGAGUUGUACAUACCACGGGGUGUUCCCCAGUAAUUCUGGCCCCACACCCAUCCCUCCCAUCUAAACAAUGGCAGACAUUUUAGAAAGACGUUUGGUUGUGACUGGAUAAGAUCUCAACUUCUCAUAAAAUGCAUUAGCUAACCAUUAGGUAAUGCUACGAAACCUUCAGCUUGAGUCACCGUCUCUUGCUAGUCAACGUUGGUGACAGAGGUGAAAGUAGAUGGAUACUUGCCCAGGAUUUUGAGCCAUUUUGGUGCUGAUCCUGCCCCUGGCAUAAAUGAGAGUAGAGGACUGUUCUCAUUUACGUGUUUGGAACAGUCUCCAUGUACGUUCAUCAUACUUUGAAGAUUACUAUCUGGACUGCUCCUGCAGCAUUGUUUUUUUGAAGCUGCAGAACGGGCCAGCAGGUUUACAGAAGCUGACUUGAAAACGCACGCUGACAUCACUGCUGCAGGUUUCUGACUCAGCAGAGACAUAGAUGUGUUUCUCAGAGGGGAGGAUGUUGUUUCAGUUACUCACGCUUCAGGGACUGUUUGGCAUGAAAGACUGAGCAGGGCGGAAACUUUCACUUUGAGCAAAAGAGCAGUUUUAACAGAGCCUGCAUGCCUGUACCUCUUCACGUCCAUCCCUUCCCACAGAUCUCCCAGACAAAAUGUUCAACUCGCCAAACUGAUGGUGGCAAAAAAAGAAAGGAAAUGCGCUGCCAAAAGUCUUUUUCUUUUCUCUACCUCCACUCCUUGACAAGCUGCAGGCAAACUGGUGGGUGCAGCAAGGAUCUGGCACGGCUGAGAUGGAUUUUCAGCUCCCCAGUUAAAGCAUUUUGUAGGGUCCCACUAGUAAGCCCCUAUCUACAUGAACAUCUAGGAAUAGCUACACUGGGGCAGCCAACCAGGCCAUAAUCUCUAUAUUUGACUACCUGAGGCAGGUGCUUAUAGUGCUGACCAGAACAGCUCUGCAAUGAGUAGAGACAGGCACAGCGUUGCAUAUUUUUUGAAAAUGCUCAUGUUCAGUUUGUGGAACUCGUACUUCUUAAAAAGGCCUCUGUUCGGGUGAAGAAAGCAGUUUUCCUCUUGUGCUUGCACAUAAGCAUUCUUGAUCUGACAUGACUUGCAACCACAAGAGAGCACUCUUUCCUUUGAAGAUCUCUCAGCUUCUCCAGAAAGCUAGAGACGUGCCGUAUAAGUUUUGCAAACUGCUCGUGAGCUGUUUCAGUUAGACCAGAGCAGCCGAAACAACAAAGCUUGCAGUUGUCUUUUGGAUUUCAUUGUGAAAAGCCUUUGGGUAGUUUUCAGAUGACAGAAGAUCCUUGGUUCCUGAAAGGGAGGAGUUCUGCCAAAACUUUGAAGAUCCCUGUAAACUUUGCAAAUUACCCAGCUUUUGGAGACAAUUAUAUCAAACGGUAUUGUGGAUUACAAUACAUGUGAAGUGUUUAGAGCCUGGAAGAUUAUUUAUGUUUGGCGUUAACUCCUAUGGUCAUAAUUUCAAGCGGGGAGAAAAGGAAUACACAGGAACCCUCUUAUUAUCUUUUGAAAUAUGAAGAUCAGAGGAAAAGAAGGGUUUAAAGUGUGGAGUGAUGGUCCUCAAUACCUGUCUGUAAAUUAGCUGGCAUCCUGCAUCUAUAAAAACAUCAAGCCUUAGAGCUGAUCGCCAAGCACGGAGUGGACCUCAUGAGAUGUUCGCGGUGCUUUGAGAUCUGAGUUUUUACACACCGCAGGAGGAAUCCGCAGCCUGCGGGGCAGAGUACCUGUACAAAUGUUUCCUCCUCGUUUGGAUUGAUCCGAGAUUUGGAAGCCAAAUUCAGGAGCCGACCUUGAGCUGGUGAGGAAGGACGGAGCAUGGACAGCGGUAAAGAUGGUGAUGGACUGUUGAACAGGAUUGCAUUUUCGGGAGCUAUGUCCCUGGCUAGCAGCCACGUGCAUCCCCAUGGGGUCCCCCUGAGAGAGCCCUUCGGGGUUCCCUUCCACCUGGACCCGUCUUACUGGGAGCAAGCCUACGGCAGGCACGCAGGUCGCAUCCCCUACAUCCCGGUCCCUGGCUAUGUGGGCGUCUAUGACUAUUCCUUUGAGCCUGCCUUCAUUCGAAAGAGGAACGAGAGGGAGAGGCAGCGGGUGCGCUGCGUGAACGAGGGCUACACGCGCCUGAGGGAGCACCUGCCCAAAGAAUUUGCUGACAAGCGCCUCAGCAAAGUGGAAACCCUGCGAGCUGCAAUCAGCUACAUCAAGCACCUGCAGAGCUUGCUGGACUGCCAUCCCCUGGGGUCUAACAGUAAGGAAACGCUCUCCGCCAAGGAGCUCCCGGAUGGUCCCAGUCCUGGUCCCCUGCGGGAGUGCAACAGCGAUGGGGAGUCUAAAACCUCCUCAGCUUCAUCCCCCUACAGUGAAUUUGAGGAGGCGGGCAGCUAGGAAAUGGCCCCCUGGAGACGGAAGCCUUCAAGAUCGGCUGCAAACCAAAACUAAAACCCCAGGGAUUUUUCUACAGAUUAAAACGAGUACCAGGAAAAGGGAGAACAGCUAGGAAAAAAAGAUAAAGGUAUUUUCAAUCUGUCGAAGGACUUUAAAUGUUGUCUGCACAAAACUUAAAGAUGAUUCUUAAGCAAAUAGAUAUUGCUUAGGUUGUUUCAGCUGUGUUACUAAACUUUGGCUUGUUAAAACCAAAGCAACUUUUGUCUUCCACUUUUCAUUCAGCUUUUAUUCUGUUUGUCUGUUUUCUUUUGCCUUUCACUCGAGGAGACAGCAAAACCAGAUAAAUCCAUUUCAGGAAACUCCCCUCUGCUUUAUCCCGCUUCCUCCUUUAAGUUUUAUUGUCUGUUUUUCCUGAUUGCUAGCCUGAGACAUACCGGGUUACAAACAUUUGGACUGGGAAAGGUAAGAUCUAGAUGACAUGUCUUUCCCAACAUUUUUCUUAGAAAACCCACAAAAAUACUGCUACUUCUGAAAAGACAGUAUUUUUUUUUUUUUUUUUUUU